CUGAAGGAAGAUAACUAUUUUGAUGAACAUUUUGAAAAUUUAUUACCUUUAAGAACAUAUUUGAAAAUUAUGUUGUGAUGGUGGGUUGUUUAGGGGUGAUGGUGAAACUUGAAGGUCUUAAAUCAGCUAGCAUAUUGAGAUAUAAAAUUGUUAAUAUUGAAAAAUUUACACGUAUUCGAAGGUUUUUAUUUACCAUCAGAUCAUCCAUAAAGUGAGAUGUCAAACCACAGAAGGCCAUGUUGUAGAGGAGAGUCGUUCGGCCUUGGCUUGGAUUUAAAAUGCUUGAUCUUAAUGACAUGAUCAUUGCUCAACUUAAAGAGAGAGAUGUCACAUUUUCUAAUGUCAAAAAAGGUGUCCUCGUAGCUAUGGUGACUUCUGGAUCUCCUGCUGAUCGUGCUGGAUUCCACCCUGGUGAUGCUGUCAUUGAAUUUGAUGGAAAGCCAGUUGAAUCUGUCAAGAAGAUCAUUGGGAUGAUGAGCGACAGAAUUGGAAAAGCGAUAAAGGUGGUUGUGAAAAGAGCAAAUCAUGAAAUGGCCAUUUUGACAGUAAUUCCAGAGGAAGCCAAUCCAGAUAUGUGAGAUACUACAGUUCUGUUGUUUCAGGUUUUCUGUUGAUGUGUAUCAUAUUUAUUGCUUAUAUUAUAUUUCCAUAUUUCUGAAUCUUUGAUUUUUCAGAUCUACAUUAAUGAUGAAUAAAAUCUCCAAGAAGAACCAUUGUAAAUUAUAAACCAAACAAAACCAGUUGGACUAAAAACCUAAAACCACAAAAUUUUAAGGUUUUUGCUUUAUCAUUAGAUCAAGGCUUUCUGUCAUGUCAAGUAGCUAACCCUUUAAUGUAUUAAAAAAAUUAAAUAAGGCUUGACUAGUAUUAUGAUAUCAUCUUGGACCAUUGCUUUAUCAUUGAAAAGGUUUUUAUUGCAAUUUCUUGAUCUUCUACUGACUGAAGAUUAGAAACAAAGAGAGCUAAGUCUU